UGGAGAGCAGCCAGCUGGCCGGGGCCUGACGGCGUCCCCGCCGCAGCCCUCCAUCCUUCCUUUUCUGUGCCGAGGGAGCACGAUCGGUGCUCAGCCAUGGUCGACAUGGGGGGCCUGGACAACCUGAUCGCCAACUCGGCCUACCUGCAGGCGCGGAAGUCCUUGGAUGCCGACAGCAAGGAACUGCAGCGCCGACGCCGGACCCUGAUGCUGCCCGGGCCGCAGAGCUGCGAGCAGCUCCGCCAGGCCCCGCCCAACGACUUCCACAGCCUGUCCGAGCAGCAGCCCAUCGGCCGCCGCCUCUUCCGGGACUUCCUAGCCACGGUGCCCGCGUACCAGGAGGCCGUGGGCUUCCUGGAGGAGGUGCAGAGCUGGGAGCUGGCCGAAGAGGGUCCCGCCAAGGGCAGCACGCUGCAGGGGCUGGUGGCCACUUGUGCGGCCUCCGCAGCGCACCCACACCCCUUCCUCAGCCCAGCUCUGGUCACCAAGUGCCAAGCAGCCACCACGGAGGAAGAGCGAGCAUCCCUGGUGGAGCUGGCCAAGGCUGAGGCCAUGGACUUCUUGCAGGACCAGCCCUUCCUAGAGUUCCUGGCCAGCCCCUUCUACGACAAGUUUCUGCGGUGGAAAGUCUUUGAGAUGCAGCCCGUGUCAGACAAGUACUUCGAAGAGUUCCGGGUGCUGGGGAAAGGUGGUUUUGGGGAGGUAUGUGCUGUCCAGGUGAAAAACACCGGCAAGAUGUAUGCCUGUAAGAAACUGGACAAGAAGCGGCUGAAGGAGAAAAAUGGUGAGAAGAUGGCUCUCUUGGAAAAGGAAAUCUUGGAGAGCCCUUUCAUUGUCUCUCUGGCCUAUGCCUUUGAGAGCAAGUCCCAUCUCUGCCUGGUUAUGAGCCUGAUGAAUGGGGGAGACCUCAAGUUCCACAUUUACAGUGUGGGCGAGCGGGGCCUGGACAUGAGCAGGGUGGUCUUCUACUCGGCGCAGAUGACCUGCGGCGUGUUGCACCUCCACUCCCUCAGCAUCGUCUACCGGGACCUGAAGCCCGAGAAUGUGCUUCUGGACGACCUUGGAAACUGCAGACUGUCCGACCUGGGGCUGGCUGUGGAGAUCCAGGAUGGCAAGCCCAUCACCCAGAGGGCUGGAACCAAUGGUUAUAUGGCUCCUGAAAUCCUAAUGGAAAAAGCGAAUUAUUCCUAUCCUGUGGACUGGUUUGCAAUGGGAUGCAGUAUUUAUGAAAUGGUUGCUGGACGAACACCAUUCAAAGAUUACAAGGAAAAAGUCAGUAAAGAGGAUUUAAAGCAAAGAACACUGAAAGAGGAAGUCAGAUUCCAACACGAUAACUUCACAGAGGAAGCAAAAGACAUUUGCAGACUCUUCUUGGCUAAGACACCAGAGCAACGCUUAGGAAGCAGAGAAAAGUCUGAUGAUCCCAGGAAACACCAUUUCUUCAAAACCAUCAACUUUCCUCGCCUGGAAGCUGGCCUAGUUGAGCCUCCAUUUGUGCCAGACCCAUCAGUGGUUUAUGCCAAAGAUAUCGAUGAAAUUGAAGAUUUCUCUGAGGUUCGAGGAGUCGAAUUUGAUGAUAAAGAUACGCAGUUCUUCCAAAGAUUUGCAACAGGUGCUGUCCCUAUAGCUUGGCAGGAAGAGAUUAUAGAAACGGGACUGUUUGCCGAAUUGAAUGACCCCAACAGGCCCGCAGGUUGCGGGGAGGGUAAUUCGUCUAAGUCUGGUAUAUGUUUGCUAUUGUAAGUUGUUCUCUCUACCACACGGGCAGCAGGAGUCUCAGCCGACAUAAUCCUCGAAUGUUCCUAAUACGUGAAAAUCUGUUGAAUGAGCACUGAUCAGUCAGGAAGGGCAUUUCAACCACAAAACAGUUCAAAGGAUAGGUGAGCUCACCACUAAGACGUAUUUUCUGUCCUUCCUUCCUUCCUCCCUUCCUCCCUAACUUACUUCCUUUCUUUAUUCUUUCUUUCUUCCUUCAUAAAGAAGAGUACAGUCUCAGUUUUCACUGAGACCUGCGAAAAGGAACACUGAGGUUUAUUUUGCUAAACUAAAAGCAUGAGGCUUUGCUAUCAUGUCCCUGAUAAUUACACAAAGUCCUAAGAACAGAGAAUGGAACUUUGUGGUAUGCUCACAAAACGAGCAUUUGCAAUUCUUAGUAAAUAAUCAUUUUAGUUUUUCUUUGUUUAUAUCUUUUCAUCCUUUCAUCUUUCAGUAUUUUUCCUGCUUCUGUACUUAUAAAAGGGAUUUUGAACCUGGAAAUAAAUAUUUCUGAUUUUCCCCCUCCCUGCAAAAAAGGAGUAGAUUGUACUAUUUUGGAAAUAUUUCAGAUUACAGAAUAAUUUUUAAUUUAUAGAGUCUCUUUUUCAUAUUUCUGAAUAUUCUACCAUUAUAAUGUUGAAGCAUGUUAAAUGUAAAUACACAUGA